GAGCAAUGUUAUUGUUUUGGCGCUAAAAAUUAUUAAUUCCUGCUCACAAUUUAUUUGAUUCAAGCAUGUCCGCGCAAUACCAAAGAUUUCUAAAAGUACUCGAGAAGUGGCCAGCAGAGAAAACCAAAAUCGGCAGGGAUCUGGGUGAACAAAUCCGCAAGAAGGUAACCAAGCUUACAGGCAGCGAAGCCAGCCUCAGUAGCGAAGCUAGCGCCGAUCUGACCAGACAAAUUGACGCCCUCGAGCGACUGUCAAACAACGUCUACGCCAAGAAGUAUCCGAGGCAAUACGACUCCACAGCCACUGGACUGACAGCUGCCCAGUGCAGUCAAGUGCUCAGCUCCGAGUUUCUGCAGUAUCUAAACGACAAGCCAAAGACAGCCAUUGAUUAUUUGCAGCCCAAGGUUGGUGGCAAAUACAUCGACAUGACCUUUGGCGCCGGCGGACACACGCGACGACUGCUUGACAGCUGCCCGGAGACGACAGUCUAUGCGCUGGAUCGUGAUCCGUUGGCUCAUGAGCUGGCCCAGCGUCUCAGCCAGGAGCCCGAGUAUGCGGGACGUUUGGUGCCGCUGCUGGGCAAGUUCUCGGAGCUGCCGCAAUUGCUGCAGGAGCAGCAGGUGUCGCGUCACAGCCUUGAUGGCAUGCUCUUCGAUUUCGGCUGCAGUUCCAUGCAAUUCGAUGAGGCAGCUCGCGGUUUUUCCAUCUCCCACAACGGGCCACUCGACAUGCGCAUGGACUGUGGUCGCAGUGGCGGCGUGAGUGCUGCAGAUGUGUUGGCCCGAGCCGAGGAGGCGGAUCUGGCACGCAUCUUUCGUGUGUAUGGCGAGGAGAAGGCGGCCAAGAAGAUUGCACGCGCCAUUGUCGAGGCACGUGGAGCAUUGCAGCGCAUCGAGACCACACGACAGCUGGCGGAACUUGUGGCUGCGGUGCUCAGCGAUGGACAGCGACUCGAUAAGCUACAGAGACCGGCACAUGUGGCGACCAAAACAUUUCAAGCGUUGCGCAUCUUUGUGAACAACGAGCUGAACGAGAUCAACUACGGCAUGCUGUUGGCCCAGGAAUAUCUGCGUGCCGAGGGACGAUUGGUGGCCAUCACUUUCCAUUCGCUGGAGGACACCAUAGUUAAGCGACACAUCAAUGGCAAUGUGAUCGAAGGCGUUGCCAAUCCGGUACCCUUAAAGUAUAGCGGCUACGAUCUUACACAUGAUUCGGAGCUAUUGGAAUCGUUUGUGCAAACCAAUUGGCGUCAGUUGCAUCGUCAUGUGAUUCUGCCCGAUGCCACGGAAAUCGCUUCCAAUAGCCGCAGUCGAUCCGCCAAGCUACGUGCUGCCGGCCCGUCUGUUGGCCUGGAGCUCAGUUGCAUUGCGCGAGCGCUGGCGUUGCCAUCAACGAUCGUAGCGCGGAUACCGAGACUGAGAUUGAGAUACUUUGUGCGUUUUUACAGCGACACGAGCAGAAAGAUGAGCGGCGAGGCCAAGAUCAUAUCCGGCACACUGGUGGCCAAAAACAUACGCGAGGAGCUGAGCCGUGAGGUCAAAGCUUUGGGUGAGCAGUUUGCGCCUGGAUUGCGUAUUGUUCAGGUGGGCGGACGAGAGGACUCCAAUGUGUACAUACGCAUGAAGAUCAAGGCGGCCACCGAGAUUGGCAUCCAGGCGGAGCACGUCCAGUUGCCGCGCUCUAUCACCGAACUGCAGCUGCUCGAUAAGGUGCGCGAACUGAAUGCUGAUCCACGGGUGCACGGCAUCAUUGUCCAGAUGCCGCUGGACAGCGACACCAAGAUCGAUGCUCAUCGCGUUGCGGAUGCCGUCUCCCCCGCCAAGGAUGUCGAUGGUCUGCACACGCUGAACGAGGGACGCUUGGCUACCGGCGAUAUGAGCGGAUUUCUGCCCUGCACACCUUGGGGCUGCCUGGAGCUGAUACGUCGCACUGGCGUCGAGAUUGCCGGCGCCCAAGCUGUUGUCUUGGGACGUAGCAAGAUUGUUGGUACUCCGGCUGCCGAGUUGCUCAAGUGGAAUAAUGCCACGGUCACUGUUUGCCAUUCGAAGACACGUAAUCUGGAGCAGAUUACACGCAAUGCGGACAUCUUGAUCGUGGCCAUUGGUGUGCCGGAGUUGGUCAAGGGUUCGUGGAUCAAGCCAGGCGCUGUGGUCAUCGAUUGUGGCAUCAAUUGCAUUCCAGACGCCAGCAAGUCAAGUGGCAAUCGCUUGGUGGGCGACGUGGACUACGAGCAGGCAAAACAGGUGGCCGGCUUUCUGACACCCGUGCCCGGUGGCGUUGGACCCAUGACGGUGGCCAUGCUCAUGAAGAACACCGUGGCCUCGGCCGCCAAGGCGGCGGCGCGUGCCAAGCGCAGCAACUGGACACUGCAACCGCUGCCGCUGCAGCCAGAGCGUCCGGUGCCCAGCGAUAUUGUGAUUGCACGCGCUCAGCGGCCGAAGAACAUCGGACAUCUGGCCGAGGAGAUUGGACUGGAGGCGAGCGAAGUAUCGUUGUAUGGCAGCAACAAGGCCAAGAUCUCGUUGAAUGUGCUGCAGCGACUGCGCGAACGCCAAGCGGGCAACUAUGUGGUGGUGGCUGGCAUAACGCCCACUCCCUUGGGUGAGGGCAAGACCACCACUCUGAUGGGUCUGGUCCAGGCAUUAGGUGCACACAAACAGAAGAACGUGAUGGCUGCACUGCGUCAACCAUCGCAGGGACCAACGUUCGGCAUCAAGGGUGGUGCAGCUGGCGGUGGUUACGCCCAAGUUAUACCCAUGGAGGAGUUUAAUCUGCAUCUCACUGGCGAUAUACACGCAGUGUCAGCGGCGAAUAAUCUGCUGGCCGCACAGCUGGACACACGCAUCUUCCAUGAGGCGACGCAGUCGGACAAGGCAUUGUAUCAGCGCCUGGUGCCCAAGAUCAAGGGACAGCGCAAGUUUAGUCCGAUACAGCUGCGACGUCUGCAGCGUCUGGGCAUUGACAAGACCGAUCCCGAUGCCCUGACGGAAUCGGAGUAUGGACAGUUUGCCCGCUUGGACAUUGACCCAGAAACCAUAAUGUGGGAGCGUGUUGUGGACAUGAAUGAUCGGUAUCUGCGAGCGAUCACCAUCGGUGAGUCGCCCACGGAGAAGGGCUUGAGUCGCAAGACACGCUUCUCAAUUGCCGUAGCCAGUGAGAUUAUGGCUGUGUUGGCGCUCUCCGGUUGCUUGGCGGACAUGAAGCAGCGUCUGGGCGACAUGGUGGUGGCCUUCAAUAAGAGUGGACAACCCGUGACCGCUGAUGAUUUGGGCGUCACUGGAGCUUUGGCUGUCCUUCUCAAGGAUGCGCUGGAACCCAAUUUGAUGCAGUCCCUGGAGGGAACACCUGUGCUUGUCCAUGCUGGGCCCUUUGCCAACAUUGCGCAUGGCUGCAAUUCGAUAAUUGCCGACGAGAUUGGCCUGAAGUUGGUGGGCAGCGAUGGCUUUGUGUGCACCGAGGCGGGCUUCGGCUCAGACAUUGGCAUGGAGAAGUUCUGCAACAUCAAGUGCCGCAAUUCGGGACGCAAGCCCAAUGCCAUGGUCCUCGUGACCACGGUGCGUGCGAUUAAGAUGCAUGGCGGCGGAGCACCGGUCACGCCGGGCACACCGCUCAACAAACAGUAUACGGAGGAGAAUCUGGAGCUGUUGGAGAAGGGUUUGCCCAAUCUGCUGCAGCACAUUUCGAAUGGACGCGCCUUUGGCAUGCCCGUUGUGGUGUCCAUCAAUGCCCAUGUGGCUGAUACCCCGGCUGAGCACCAGUUGCUCAAGGAUGCUGCGUUGAAGGCGGGCGCCUUUGCUGCUGUCGUCUCCACACACUGGUCCGAUGGUGGUGCUGGCGCUGUGCCCUUGGCUGAGGCGGUCAUCGAAGCCUGCAAGUUGCCCAACAAGUUUAAGCUGCUGUACGACGUGGAGUUGCCGCUCGAGGAUAAGAUGAACAAGAUUGCGCAGACCAUGUACGGAGCUGGCAAGGUGGAGGUGUCCAAGGAGGCGCUAGAACAGGUUAAACGCCUGACCGACGCAGGCUUUGGCAAGCUGCCCAUCUGCAUGUCCAAGACUUCGGGCUCCGUCACUGGCGAUGCCAACAUCAAGGGUGCUCCCAAGGGUUUCACCUUGAACGUGGAGAGCGUCUAUGUCUCUGCGGGUGCUGGUUUUGUGGUGGCCAUGUGCGGUGAUAUUACCAAAAUGCCGGGACUCUCCACACGCCCGGCCAUCUAUGACAUCGAUCUGAAUACCGAAACUGGUCAGAUUGAGGGACUGUUCUAAAUCAAACAAUUCCAAUUAUUAUUUGAAUUCUAGUUUAAUCAUUCCUAACUCUUUUAUUAUAUGUUUAUUGUUUUACAUAUUGCGCCUAAAUAUAUCUAAUCGGACGACUUUUUUAUAA